AUGUCUAAUUCUUACGAUACUCUUUCAAAAAAGUCGAUAACUCGAACUUUAUCUGCUCCAGAAUCCUCAAACAUUUCUUUGCCAAGAGACAUCUCUAUAAAAAGAACCCGCAGUACGAUUAGCAAUAAAAACUCUACUGAUCUAUUCUGGAAUAUUGUUGGUCGUGAUAAUUACACAAUUUCUCUGAAUCAAUCACCUGUCCUUUGUAAUAGCUCUUCUCCACCUGUAGGAGAUUUACUUUGUACAUCUACGUCUUUCGCAAGGAAAUUCCGUACCUUUCCCUGGCGAAAUAAGCCGUCUUUGAGGGUAGUUCCUAUUAUGGUUGCUAGUAACGAUGCUAAAUCGAUUAGCUUGCUGACAACCACAAUAAAAUCUAGCGUUUCCUCAGCUCAAUCUAGUAUCGCUAGUACGAUUAUAGGGGAUUGGGAUAAUCACAAGAUGAAUAUACAAGCUGUUCCUCUGACGCCACCGCAGGAGUCAACACAGUUGCAAACCUCCGGUGAUUUAUUGUCACCAAUUGAACUUUGCGGCAGAAGUGACGAUACUAAUCCGGUUUUGAAUGAAUCUAUAGCUGAACAGAUCCGACUUAAACUUCCACGACGACUACGAUUAUUGCUAUCAUGGAAUCUGCUAUAUAGCCUCGACCAAGAUGGGACAAGUAUGGCUACUAUGUAUCAUAAAGUUAAGGGCAAAGGUCCUUUAGUAUUAGUGAUCAAGGAUACGGACGAACAG